AUGGCUCUUCCUCCUGGUUUCAGGUUUGAUCCUACAGACACUGAAUUAUUUUCCCAUUAUCUUUACAAGAAGAUCAACGGUACUCUUUUGCCAAUGCAGAAAUUGUACGUUACAGUUUGUGAUUUGUAUGGCCAGAACGACCCUUGGAUUAUUUGGGAUAAAUUUGGCGGCAAUUCCUUGACUGAGAAAGACGAUCUUUAUUUCUUCAGUAAGCUCAAGAAGAAAACUGAUAAAAGUUGUAAGAGAUUUGAUCGAACUGUUGGUGUCGAUCGUAAGGGAACAUGGAGUGGAGAAAAGUUGGACAAAACGAUUCAAUUCAAACUCAGUAGCAGCCAUAAUCGCACCAUUCAAGGAUUGAAGAAACGCUUUAGCUAUGAAAAUCCAACAGUACCAUAA